AUGUCGAACCGGAUCCCGCCAGAGCUCGCAGGAGAGCUAUACUGCAGAGCAAACAUAGACCCCAUGAUCUACAACGUCAUGAACCCCCAGAUCGCAACCGAACUCCUUGACAGGGCCUGGCACAUGCUCAGCCAGGGACAGAUCUCCUUCUCCUUCAACUACAUCGACAAGCCCAAAGAAGGCAGCGGAUUCUUCUUGAAGGUGCAGCCUGACGAAGGUGUCAUGGCGCCUCACGAUGGCUUCCAGUACAUGGAUGACGAGGUCGCAUAUGGAUACCCCGGCGACCCUAGACUUAGCAUCACGGAACGGUCGCAAGGAUUCGCGACAGGAGACCAGUACACACACAUUGUUCGACGACGAUACACGCUGACCCAGCCUGGACGGGAUACCCUCGCCUUUCUGCACUACGCCAAGGCAGAGCUUAGUCGUUCCGUGGUUGUGGAUGCACGCAGAGCAAGGACACCUGUCCGCCAAUACCCAUUGAAGCCUAUCCCUGGCAUCCCAGGACCCGUUCCAGUACCUCAACAACCACCUCAGCAGGGAUACCCACAGGGAUACAGGCCUCAACAAGCGCCACCCAAGAUGGCCAGCCCAUACGCCGGCUCGCCCAUCAACGGAUCCCCCGCUUCACCCCAGCAGGCUCCCGGCAACUAUGGUCGUUUCUCAGCUGUUCCCGCGCCCGUUCCUGGACCUCCUGGAGGACAGGCUGGACCUCAGAGAUUGGCAUCUGUGAACCCAGGAGCAUACGGAAGCCAGAGACACGAGAAGAAGUCCAGCCACAAGAAGCAUCAGCAACAACAGCAGCACCAGCAACCACAGAUGACUCCCCAGCAGCAUGCUCAGGUGUUGGCUCAGCAACAGGCACAGGCCCAAGAGGAUGCAGAAGAACCUUCAGGCGACGAAUUGGACUUUUUGACGGCCAAGGAUGUGGCUGUUGCACGCUACAAGAGGAAUCACGACUACAUUGCCGAGGUCUUUUCUCCUUAUCCAACUUCUAGGAUCAUUCCUCCUCAGCCAGAGUUCCAGCAGUCGAUCGCCUUUUUGAAGUCCUUGAGCGAAAAGCACAACGACGAUUUGGAUGCCGCCAAGACUGAGCACACCGAGAAGAUCAAAAAGUUCAAGGCUGAGGCGACCGUGCUCUACAAAGGACUGGAAGAGCUGAAGCAGGCUACCACUGCCCAGGAAGUGUUUGCUGCUAAUGAGAGAGUGGAGACAUUCAAGGGAAUGGCAGUUCAGCCUUACACUGCUCUUCGUCAAGUGGACCUUCCCAAGGAUGAACUCUCUCGCACACCUGAACUGAAGGCUGCUCGUCUUCCCAAGGAGGUUGUGGAGCCUGCUCAGAUUACUGCUGGUGGUGUCAACGGAGGAGCGCCUGCUGCACCCGUUGCAGCCACUGAAGCUAUGGAGGUGGAUGGGUCGGUAAUCGCUGCUGCACCAGAGAAUACUGUUUUGGCCGGACAACAGGACACCAUCAUGACAAGCGCCACAGAACCAACAACUAUGCCAGUUUUGUCAUCUACAUCAGCACCUGCGACUGGACUUGCAUCAGUAGAAGUGGCAGCAGCCCCAGUCGACGCGCCAGUCCCUGUUGCAGCGCCAACCCCAGCGACAGCACCAGCCCCAGUGACAGCAUCAGUACCCACAAUUGCACAUGAACCAGUUCCUGCACCAACUCCAGUAGCUGAGGUGGUUCCAGCAUCCAUUUUGGUACCCGUACAAGCUGCCCCCGUCCCUGCUGAUGUUGUCAUGGAGGAGGCACCCCCUGCACCCAUCGAGCAUGCGACCUUUGAGCCUACACCUGUUGAGCCUGCACCUCCAGUAAUCGAAGCAACUCCAGUUGCCCCUGUCGAAUCUACACCAAUUAUUGUUGUUCCUGUCGAAACGCCUGCCGAAACUCCUCUUGAGACCCCUAUCGAAACUCCCAUUGCUGCCCCUGUCGAAACCCUCGUGGCUGCUCCUGUCGAAGCUCUUGUUGAGGGAACCCUUCAGACACCCAUUGAUACUCCCAUGGAAACGCCAAUCGAGACACCUACCGAGACCCCUGCCGAGACGCCUGUUUUCACGCCCAUUGUAGCUCCAACGGAGGUCCCUAUGGAAGUUCAUGUUGAGACUGUUACACCUAUUGCCACGCCCGCUGCCGUUAUCACUUCGGAAUCAGCCACUCCAGUUACCUCCACCAUCCAGUCACACGAUGAUGCUACCAUGGCGGUCGAUGUAAUUGAAAGCCAGCCUGUUGUUGGAGAGACGUUUGUGCAGCAGUCCUUUACCAGCACUGUGGGUGAGGGCGAUCAUGCGACGACGACAACAUCGACCAGCUACACUACAUCGAUGACUGAUGCGUAUGGAACGACGGUGACAGAUAGAGAGGAGAGCGGAGGAACUACGGUUUCAUAUGCAGAUGGACACCAGGAGCAAUUUUCUCAGGCAUUUGUUCACCAACACCAUGUCGAGCACUCGCACGCGCAAGCACACACUCCUGUGGCACAUAUCGAAGCAGCCCCUGAACACGAUGUUGCGUCGACUGUGACCGUGACCGAGCUGGAACCCUCUUCGGCCACACCAUUGAAUACAGAGGAAGCAUCCCCUGUAGUACCAGCACCAGAGCCAGUAGUUGAGCUAGUGGCAGAGCCAACGGCAGCAGUAUCAGAAACAGCAGGAGUGAUUGUGGAGGUGCCAACAGCGGGAGACCAACAAGCGACACCAACAGAGCAACAAGUGCUACCCCAGGAGCCCGCAGCUCCAUAG